AUGGAGACCUUGGACGAGUACCCCUCGUCAUUCCUCGACCCAAUCCACACUCCCACUAUUUUGCCAACGUCAACAAAACCAAAAUUCGUACCGCUCCGCUGGCCUGGCAAGCUCAGCCUGCACCUGCCCGUUAUUCCGCACAAGAUAUGGUCGCCUGGGAGGAAGCUAAAGUUGAAGACUCGGCAGCGCACACAAGAUGCUUCAAACAACGUCAAAAUUUCGAGUGGAGAGGUUGAUGACAUCACCAGGCUCCAAACGUCGUUUGAUGUAUGGGCGUCGCUAAGGGCAUUGCGGGAAAGGCGAUGGACCCUUUGGGAUCUGCAGCACCUCGUGACACUCGGCUACAUCCUUUUCUCCCUGGCCAUCCUACCGCCCGCACCCCUCGUCAAGACAGGCGCGCUCGCUGUGCUGGGUGUGCUGUUGCUUAUGCCGAUCACGAGGCAGUUCUUUUUACCGUCGUUGCCGAUCUGGACGUAUCUGCUAUAUUUCUUUGCAAGUCGGUUCAUCGCCCCUGAAUAUCGGCCGCAUAUCUGGGUCAAAGUUCUCCCUGCCCUCGAGAACGUGCUGUACGGAGCGAAUCUCUCCAACAUCCUUUCAGCGCACACACACGCCGUCCUCGAUGUCCUUGCUUGGGUGCCCUACGGCCUCGGCCACUUUGCCCUGCCCGCCUUCUGCAGCGCGUUCAUGUUCUUCUUCGCCGCACCCGGCACCACCCCGGUCUUUGCCCGCGCCUUCGGCUACAUGUCCAUGCUCGGCGUCACCAUCCAGCUCAUCUUCCCCUGCACCCCGCCCUGGUACGAGAAGCUGCACGGACUGGAACCCGCACACUACGGGAUGGAGGGCUCCCCCGCGGGGCUGAGGCGGGUCGACGAGCUGUUCGGCGUCGACAUGUACACGACGAGCUUCACCACGGCGCCGCUGCCGUUUGGUGCCUUCCCCAGCCUGCACGCCGCCGACGCCAUUCUCGAGGCCCUCUUUAUGCAGUACUGCUUCCCACGGUUCAGGCCGCUCUUCAUUUUCUAUGCAGUCUGGAUCUCAUGGUCCACAAUGUACCUCAACCACCACUAUGCCAUCGACCUCGUCGGGGGCGGCAUCAUGGCGGCCGUGGCGUACUAUAUUGCGCGGUCGAGGUGGCUUCCGAGGCCGCAGCUCGAUAAGACGACGCGCUGGGAGUAUGAAUACGUCGAGUAUGGCGACAGGUCGCGGGCGACCGACGAGGAGACCGGGGAUGGCGGCUACGGGCUCGGGUUGCUCCCGCGACGGCGGGGGACGAGCGACAGCGACGAGUGGACGCUCGGCAGCAGCUCGAGCUUCGAUUCCCUGAGCCGCGGUGACACCCUCUGCGGAAGCAGCAGCAGCAGCAGCAGCACGCCUGGCAUAUUGAGUCCCACCACGCCGACCGACGACCACUACGAUGCCUGGAGCAAGAUCCGCCUCGGCCCGAGAGAGGAUGACUCGGCUGAGGUUUACGUCGCGAGGUGA